UGUAAACAUGUCUUGCAUGUGCAUGAGCGCUAAUCUUAAAAGCUAUUGAAAAUGGUUAAUUAAUCAUGCAUUUUUGUCCUAUUAAUAAAUUGAUUUGGCAAAAUGUUCAGGUUAUCUUUUCUAUGAAUAAAAACUUUUUUAAUUAAGUAUUGAAGUAAACAAUGUUUUUCAAUUUGUCUUAAAAUAUUUAACAUUUUUGUAACAAAAUUUGACAUUAGCAAAAAAAAAAUUAAAAUGCCCGUGCCGAUUUUAAGAAAGUUUGCUCAUUUUCCUAGAAAGAUUUAUUAUCGUAGGUGUCAUACUCAUAACUUUCUGAAAGGCAGCAAAUCCACAGAAGUGCAUUUAAGCAGACAGGCAUUGAAAUUCAGUUUCGGCUCCCUUGCUAAGUUUGCAGAUGGUAGCUGUGUUGCACAAUUAGGUGAUACAUCUGUGAUGGUUGCUGCUGUGAGCAAAACAAAAAGCAGUGCUGUUUCUUUUGUGCCUCUGUUGGUAGAAUACCGACAGAAAGCUGCUGCUGCUGGUCGCAUACCCACUAACCAUUUACGGAGAGAAAUGGGGGCAACAGAACAGGAAAUAUUAACCAGUCGUGUUAUUGAUCGAUCUGUUAGACCUUUGUUUCCUAAAGGAUUUUCUUAUGAAACACAACUAUCCUGCAAUUUACUUGCUGUAGAUGGAAUAUAUGAUCCCGACAUUGUUAGCAUUAAUGCAGCAUCAGCUGCCCUAGCACUAUCUGACAUUCCCUGGAAUGGACCGAUUGGAGCAGUAAGGGUUGGUCUAAUUGAUGAUGAAGUUAUUAUUAAUCCAACCAGAAGAGAGAUAUCUAAAAGCUCCUUAAAUCUUGUAGUUGCUGCUACUGAACAUAAUCAAGUUGUGAUGCUUGAAGCUUCUGCAAACAAUGUUCUUCAACAAGAUUUCAUGAAAGCUCUAAAGGCAGGGGUAAAGGAAACACAGAUAAUUAUUAGAUCAAUAAAUGACCUCCAAAAAGAAUUUGGAAAGCCUAAAAGAACAAUUGAAAAUGUUUUAGAACCGUCUAUUGAAAUACUAGAUUCAGCAAAAUUACUUCUUGAAGCCAAAAUAACAGCAGUUCUAACAGAUUACAGUUUGCAUAAGGUUAGUAGGGGUAUAGAAAUUGAUCUUGUGAAGCAAGAAGCAGUUGAGCAACUUAAAGAAAAUUAUAAUGACACUGAUCCUUCAUUUUUAUAUGAAGCUGUAAAUAUUGUAGUAAAAGAUAUAUUUAGGAAUUUAAUAAUGGAAACAGGAAAAAGAUGUGAUGGGCGAGGCAUUGAAGAUCUCAGAGAUAUUUCCUGUGCUGUUAAUUUGCUUAAACCUUUACAUGGUUCAGCUCUUUUUCAAAGAGGUCAGACUCAGGUCUUGUGUACAGUUGCUUUUGAUUCUUUAGAUUCUGCAUUUCGAGCUGACCCUGUUUCAGUCCUUACUGGGGCUGUUAAGGAAAAGAAUUUCAUGUUACAUUAUGAGUUUCCACCUUAUGCCACCAAUGAAAUUGGACGAUUUGGAUCUUUUGGUCGUAGAGAACUUGGACAUGGUGCCUUAGCGGAGAAAAGUUUAAGGCCUUUUCUGCCUUCUGAUUUUCCAUUUACAAUAAGAUUAACUUCCGAAGUUUUGGAAUCCAAUGGAUCAUCAUCUAUGGCUUCAGUAUGUGGUGGAUCUUUAGCGCUCAUGGAUGCUGGAGUUGCUAUUUCUGCUCCUGUAUCUGGCAUAGCAAUGGGUUUGAUAUCUGUUCCAAAUCCUGAAAAACACUAUGAAAUUGCUGAUUAUAGAAUACUCACAGAUAUUUUAGGAUUAGAAGAUUAUCUUGGAGACAUGGACUUCAAAAUUGCUGGCUCCAAAAAGGGCAUUUCUGCUGUUCAGUUAGACGUAAAAGUCCCUGGUCUUCCGUUGCGUGUUAUAAUGGAAGCUAUAAAACAAGGAGCUGAAGGAAAAGGUAAAAUAAUAAACAUUAUGAAUGAAGCAAUUUCAAAACCAAGAGAAAAGAAAGACAAUUGGCCUAUUUCAGAGAAGCUUGAAGUUCCUCCCCAUAAAUUAUCACAAUUCUUUGGUUUUGGUGGUUCAAAUAUUAAAAAAAUUAGAGCUGAAACAGGAGUCCAGCUCACAUCUAUAGAAAAUAAUGUUUUUUCUGUAUUUGCUCCAAAUUCUGAAGCAUUGGCAGAAGCUAAAGAAAUGAUUGACAAAUUACUAUUAGAAGAGGCUGCUCCUGAAUUAGUCUUUGGAGCUAUUUAUACUGCAAAAAUAGUUGAAAUAAGAGAUAUUGGUGUAAUGGUGACUUUAUAUCCUAACAUGAAACCAGCUUUAUUGCAUAAUUCUCAAUUAGAUCAAAGAAAAAUACAACAUCCAUCAGCUCUUAAUUUAGAAGUUGGUCAAGAAAUACAAGUAAAAUAUUUUGGUCGAGAUCCUGCUAGUGGUCAAAUGAGAAUAUCACGAAAAGCUCUUCAAGCAAUUCCAUCAUCUGUAGUUCAUAAUUUUGUUAGUGACAAUUCUGAUGUAAAAAAAUAAAAUUUUAUUUUAUAAA